UCCUUCUCCUCCUCCUCCUCCUUCUCCUCUGGAGUUGGUCCAAGUAGCUGGGGAGAGAGAAGUCGGGGCCUAGGUUGCUGCCUCUGCAACCCAACCCAACAGACAAGCGAAGGAAAACAGAUGGAUGGAUAGUUGUUUCUGAUUAUCACUUUAGAAACAGAAUUUAUAGUUUCACACAUAAUCAAAACUUUGAGAUAAAGGUCAUCCAACUCACAUUUUUACCAUUUUGGAUCAUUUUCCUCCAAGUGAGCUCAGACGUAUCUCUUUACGGUACAGAAGAUCCCUUUCCUCCUCUCAGCUCUGUGCUGAACAUCCAAAUAUUGACGUUUUUAAUUGCAUCUGAGAAUGCAUCUUCACAUUCAUGAACUCCGGGACUGAAAAAGAAAUCAAUGAAACGCAGCUAAACGUGUGGCUGUAUGAAGGGAGCAGGAGAUGCUGGAGGCGUCCCCGCCUGAUGGAGCGCAGGAGGCGGUCAGCCUCCUCAUGCAGCGCGGCUGCUGAAGCUGGGUCCUUCUCUCAAGUGUGUGCGUGCGUGCGUGCGUGUGUGUACCUUUGUGUUAUGCUCGCAGUCUGUGUUUCUCACACCCACUCCCCCCACCCCGUCCCCCUACCCUACCCCUCCACCCCCUCUCCUCCUUUUAGCAUCUGAAAGACCACUGAGUGAGAAUCGAUGGCGCAGAGGCCCGCUUGACAGGACAAUAAACCACAAAGAAGGGCCUUUCCACCCGCUUCCCGCCCCGAGAGGCGCAGCGAUGCCCCGGCAGAGGGAGGCGUCUCCGUCCCGCUGCCCCUGCCUCCGCCUGGCAUCCACCCGCCUCCAGACGCUGCAGCCCGGCCAUCCCUUCCCAUGAGGCCGCCGCCAGAACUCAGCACGACCGCUCUGCAUGGGGCCUCUCACAUGAACUGACAUGGAGGAUGAAGAUGGGACUUGUCUACUUGACGUGUUGUGUGACCCCCAAGCCCUGAACGACUUCCUUCAUGGGACCAGUGAGCUGCACGCUGAAGAGCUGCUCAUUAACUCCUCCUCUGGGGAGCCCUCCCUCUUCACAGAUGCCCCGAGUCCCGUCUCUCUGCUGGGAGACGAUGGGGAUUCCCCUGAUACGCCUCCACCCGAGUGUGUGGAUCUGUCCUUCCUGGAGGAGGCUCUCCUGUCAUCUCCCGAGGGUGGAGAGGACCCACACACUGUGCAGGAGGGGCCACCUGUGGGGACUGGAUGUGAGGGGAAGAAGGGGGAGGCGGGGGAGGCUGAGAUGGCGUGUGAUAUCCUCCAGCAGAGCCUGCAGGAGGCUGAGAUCACUGAGCAGACCAUGGCUCUUGAAGCAGGCCUGGCACAGACGGGGGACAGUUUGUCCCUGUACUCACCCACCCCUCUUCUCUCGCCCCCCUCUGUCCCAUUCAUACCCAAGUCUGUGACCCUGCCCGUCACCUCAGUGAUGACCAGAGACACCCAAGCAGCAGUGGAGCCCCCCCAGCCCUCCCUCCUGGCUGUCGGACCAGGCUGUCCCUCUCUAAAACCUGCGGCCCCCCCUCAGCUGAUGGGACUACUGCCUGGAAACGUCUUUCCUGCUCCAUCUUCAGACACGUCCUUCUCCUUAAAUCCCGCUCAAGGUUCCAGUAUGAUUAUACACAAGACGGUGUCUGGAGUCGGAGGCCAUCCCCUCAUCGCCCCAACGCUCAGAGCUGCAGCAGCACCAGCACCAGGCAUCCUCCUGCAGCACGCCCCUCUGCCCAUACAACCCAAACUUCCUGUCAGCAUUCAGCCCAGAUUGGUUCAGAUCAGCCCCAAGCCUUUAGGGCAGAAACCGGCUCCUGGUCUCACAUUCGUCCCUGGAACCGCCUCGUCAAAUAUUUUACUGUCCCAAGCUCCGGGCCAAAAGGCUGUGGCUUCACAGCAGCAGCCGGCGCAGCAGCUCUCAAAGCCAGUCAGCCUGCAGCUCGUCAGCCAGGGGGGCUCCUUUGUGCUCCAGCCUCAGGGACUCUUCCAAGGUCAGAACCAGUUCCUGCUUCCAGGCCAGUCUCCUGUUACCAUCUCCCAGCCUGCCAGAGCAGCCCAACCUUUGCUCACCCCCAGUCCCCACGGCCCAGCAAUUCACAGCGUGACUCCCGCCACCAGGCAGCUUGUAGACGGCUCUCAGAUCCUAACCAUACCCCACAGACAGCUGAACUUCAGCCCGGUCUUCACCACCCCCACAGGGCAGCUGGCUCUCCGCCAGGCCACUGUGCUUUCAGGACCUUUACAGCUGCAGUCAGCUCCUGCUACUGUCUUCCAGAUGCCAGCACAGCUGGCUGGAGCUUACACUCCAGGAGGUCAGGGACCACAAACCACACUGGUGCACAGUCCUGCUCUUGGGAACCACAUUACCUUGAUCAACAGUUCAGGAGUCCUUUCCCCAGACCUGACUUCCAUCUCUAUAGUCAACGGCCCGUCAGUGGUCAGGGGACUGCCGUUCGUUGCUCAGGCGCCUGCUUCUCAAGCAGGAGGGCCUGAAGGUCAGCUGAGCCUCCAGCGGGCCUCUGUGGUUCUGUUACCUGAGAGGACUGUUCCGGAAGACCGGAGCAACUCAGAAGAAACCUUCCAGCAACUACAGCAGCCCUUUGGACACGUUGUCCAACACGUCUCCAUCCAGCCCACCUCAGCAGGACCCCGCUCCUCUCCUCCUCCUGUAGUUACAGUUUUGCAGCCCCCCCCUGGGCCGGAUCCAGCUGUGGAGGUGACCAAACUUUUGAUGCCCCCAGCAGACAUGAGCCAAGUGAUGGAGGAGGUCACCAAGUCAGUGGGUCAGAACCAGACCUUCAUGCCACAUUUACAACAGCUUAGUUCCCCCGUCUCGUCUGAACUCCUGGACGGAGCUCUACCGGCGGUGCCGAUGGAGCCGCUCACCCCCCUGGCCACAGACGACGGAGAGACUCGACCUUCAACUGGUCUGGUCUAUGAACAAGAGGUCCAUGUGAUGUCAGGACAGUGUGGUGAGGUGUCUCCACAUCACCCAGAGCCUGAAAACCCUCCCCUGAUCUGUUCCCCCACUCAGACAGCAGCGUCCUCCCCCCCUCCUGGAUCUGAGAGCUUAAUCACCCAACACUCAGCUCCCCAGGAGCACAGCGAACCCCAAGUCCAGCACCAAGACCCCCACCAGCUUCAGGUCUCAGAAGCAACACUAGCAGAGACCCAGGUAGACAUUCAGUCAUCAGUUUCCCAGCCUCAGGCCCAAGUUCAGGUCUCAGAUUCCCAGAUCCAGUCUCAGAGCUGCACCUCAGUCCAGUGCAGCCCGUCAUCUGUGAGUGUCAGCGUCACAGAGCCUCGGCAGCAGACUGCAUCUAUGCCACUGUCUGCAGGAGGAGAUGAUGCUGCCGUCCAGCAGUUCACACAAACCAAACGUACGCCUCCUGCUCCUGAGAGGUGUUCCUCUGUCCAGAUGAGCAGACAGAUGGGCGAAAAGCUUGUUCCUGUGGAGCUGCGGCGAGAGGAGAGGCUGACUCCAGCAGCGCGCAGACACAGAUUCCAGCAGCAGCUGUGUUCAGAUCACAGCUCAGUGCAGAACCCGCUCACGAGGCCAGUGUUUGGCUCUCUGAAGGAUGUUGUCAGGCGCCUGCUGCCGUACCACACCUGUGCCGGUCACCUGCCCACUCCAGAGGACUUUCACCUAGUGGACCAGGAGUUUGACUCCGUGUCUGGUUUCCUCCUUAAACGCACCAAGGACAUGGUCAACAAAUACAGGCAACUAUUGGUGAAAGAGGCCCAGCAAGAGAGCCCAUCAGCGGAGAUGGUGAUGUUGGAACGUCUCUUCCUUCAAGCGGAGAGGUUCUCAUUAGCAGAAGACAGAAGGCGAGCUUGUAGAGAUCCAGAAACUUUUAUGACAGCCCUGACCACGUCAACGUCUUCCCCCCAUGGAGCCCAUUCCUCUGGCCCCUCCCAUUCACCUGACUCCUCCCAGUUCUCAGUCCCCGCCCACAUGUACCCCUCUGACAGCCCCUCUCCUCCUUCAGCCUGGACUCGUCUGUCUGAACGCCCCCCAGGACUAAAGACGUACUGCUCCAGCUCGCGUGGGGCCCUCAGACUUACCAUCAAGCAGGAGUCCGGUUCUCGUAAAGUGAUCCACAACUCGGCCUGUGACCCAGGACUGAAGCGAGACCACACAGGGCAGCUGACCAAUGGUGGUGGUGGAGGAGUGAACAAACGGCCCUCUCAGGCAACCAACGGAGCGGCCCAUUGUCCUCAGCAUGAUGAGAUGUCCAAUGGAGCUUUUACUGCUUCCACUACUAACCAGAUCCAACAGACAGCUUCCAAUUCCAAAAUAAAAGCCCCAAAUCCCUUUUCUAUAGCAGACCCAGGGGAGGUUUGCUUUGAGUUGCCUCGCAGAGACGUCAGUGCCCCCAAACGCAAAUGCUACAGGCUGGACAUGUCUCCUCGGCCGGAGCAGCAGUUCGACACUUCAACUCUGCCUCUCCAGGAAGACAACAUGCUCAGCGAACAUCUACAGAGUGCCAUCGACAGCAUACUUGAACUCCAGCGCCUGCAAGGCCCUUCUGCAGCCCCAAGCAGGGCCUCAGCAGGCCCUUCUCUGGACCAGGCUGUCACCAGCAUCCUGGAGGGACACCUGUGAGGUAAUGUAACCCGACAGACUAAAGGCUCGUGGACGCGUUCCCAGAGGGUGUCAGAUGUUGCUUUAACUGAUGAUUAAGAAGAAAAAUCUCUAAAGCACUUAGAGACGCAGCGCAGACAUCAGCACUAAGGCUAGUCCCGUAGGUGUUAGAAACUUCAGUUUGAUGUUUGUUUGUGGGGGGAAAUCUAUUUGAAUAGGAGCUCUAUUGUUUCAGUGAUAGUUGAGCCAUUCAGAGGUUUACGCGCUGUUGUGACCUUCUUCAACAUAUAGAAUAUAAGUAAUAGUGGAGACAAAAAACAUGGAGUAGACUGAGAUUAUUUAAUAGUAUUUUAUAAACCUUCUUUUAAAGUUGGGAAGCUUUUCUUUUGCAUUGUGCCAAUCUUCCAGGGUACUUAUUUUGAUAACUUGUGCCAAUUGUGUUCUGGAUUAGGAGGUGUUUGUGUCUGUUUUCUUUUAGGUUUGAGAGAGAGAGAGAGAGUGUGUGUGUGUGUGUGUGUGUGUGAGAGAGAGCUUUAGAUCCUGUUAUGGGGCAGUACACACACAAAAAAGUUCACACACUCCGUCAUUAAUGAAACUCCAAAGACUUUAUGAUUUUUUACAUCUUGAAUACACCAGCAGACAUCUGUGUUGUCUCAUCACAAAUAUAUUAAAAAAAACCCGAGGGGCACAACGUUCAUUAGGCAGUUGUAGUUCUUUUAUUUUGAAAGUCCAGACCCUUACUGUGAAGUCUAACUGUGAACCGUUGUUGGUUUUGUCUGUUUUCAGACGAGUAGUGUACCAUCCUGUCCAUAUUAACAUGUAAGCAAUAAUAAGUUAGGAUGAUUGUUGGAGCAGUGAGGAAGAGGAGGAGUCUGCUCCGUCACUGAUGAAGGAUGGAGACAAAGAUUGUGAGGCGCUUUUUGUCAUCAAAGCCGUUGUAGUUUAGAAAAUGUUUCAAGGGCUUCAUGGUGGCUUUUUAGCAUCUAUGACCAUAAAAAUAUCCAGUUUCAGAAGAAAACCCAAGCAGCUGGAGCCUCAUCAUCAAACAGCCUUUUACCAAAAACACAAGGAACCAUCUGCUUCACAGUGAGCGCCAGUUUGUUUUAAUCACUGGUUUCUAGCUGAGCUAAAUCUUUAUUUAAUGCGACCAUCGUUGAGCAAUAUGAUUUCUGCAGCCUCUUAUGUUUAUUGUGACAAUCUUCUGUGUUUUUAUAAAAAUGUGAGUUCUG